UUUGCCCGCGGUCGCGUCGCGUGGAGAUGCUCAGCGUCACUCACUGCUCUGCCACUUUCCACCGGAGGACGCAGCCGCUUCGCUCCAGCCUCGUUACAUGCGCAGUGCUGCCGUGAAUCACACAUCACCACGGCAACCGCUGCUCACGCCGAGUCCCCGUCAGCAGCAUCAGUGAGGUCCGACCAUCCACAGGCGAGCGGAGAGCACAGAAACACGACCACACUCUGUCCAGUCAUUUCCAGGCAGCCAUGGUGAAGCUAGGCAGCAAUCUGUCAGGGAAGCUGGAGAAACAGCCAUCUGUGGACGAUGGCUUUGAUAACAUCCCCCUCAUUACGCCCCUGGAGGUCAACCAGCUCCAGCACCCAUUCUCAGACAAGAUCAUUGUGAAGACGUCGACGCAGUACCAGCUGCAGCAGAAGAAUAAGAACAAGCUGUACGUGCCAAACAUCAGGAAGCUGAACAUUAACUUCUACAGUGACGUUUCAGAUAAAGCCAAGAUCACAGGCUUGAUCCUCAUCACUUUGGCCUUUUUGACCAGCCUGCUCCUCCUGCUCAUGUACAAGGCCAUGUGGUAUGACCAACUUACCUGCCCAGAGGGAUUUAUCCUUAAGAAGCACUGCAGCCCGACAGCUCUGGAGAUGUACUUCACAGAGCAGCAGCAGCAACAGCAGCAGCAGCAGCAGCAGCAGCAGCAGGGGCCAGGCGUCCACGGCAGCAUCAGCACUGGCCUGUACACUGCGCUCAGCCACCUUAACCAGGUCAGGAGGCCUGGACCUGAGCUGCCAUCACCAUGGUUACCAGUAAUCAGCGCUCUGAAGGAGGCUGAGGUGGCCAAACAGGGCAGCGAGGCACUGAAAAGAAAGCCAGAAGGAGAGGUGUGAAGGGUCUGAUGGAAAUGUAUGAAGGUGUAAGAGAAAGACACAGUGAUGUGUGUGUGUCUGUGUCUGUGUGUGUGUGUGGGCACGACUUCAGAAUAUGUUUCCAUUGUCUGUUUCUGAGUAUGUGCCAAACAUUUCACUCAAUGGUGUAAAUUACGAGUUUAUUCGACAUCACUUUUCUGUUGACAUUUAGUAGCAAAUACUUCAUAUUUAAUAGUUCAGAUACUCUACUACUUUGUGUGUUUACCUCUAAAAUCAUCGCUGUGGUCGCAGGUGACAGUGACUCACUGUUGCUGCUGCAGCCCCAUUAAUUAUGGCGUGUUUCCAUUAUCCAGUUCUAGUGCUAUACUCGGCUCUACUCGGUUUGGGUAUCGGGCAAGGUUAUUAUAGUUAACAAAAACUAACGAAAUAGCGAAAACUAAAUUUGAAAAAAAAAAAAAGUUUUUGUUAA